CCUCCAGGCUUCCUAAGCGGCUCGGUUCUGCUGAUGGAUCCGUUCCCCGCCAGGGACCAACUGCCAGCCGGCCAGAGGGCCCCUCCUUCGGCCUCCUAGUGAAAGUCUCCCCGGAAACCUAACUGUUGGUGAAGAACCAAGCUGUGGGUUGAUCACGUCCUGGCUGCACCGGGUCAAGAACCAAAGAACCAGGGCUUUUUGCUCCUGGUGGCAAACCGACCAAAAGAGAAUCCAGUCUGGACCAGAAGGAAUCAAAAAGCCAGAGAAUGAUGGGAGAUCAGGUGAGACCGGAUCCGCUGCAGGUAAAGGAGGAAGAGGAGGCAGAGCAUCUGAAGAUCAAGGAAGAAGAUGAAGAAGCAGAACCUGUGCAGAUAAAGCAGGAAGAGGAGGAACCCGGGCCUUUUUACCUGAAGGUGGAGGAGGAAGAGCCAGAAGGCCUGCAGGUGAAGGAGGAAGAGGAGCAACUCGUCAUCGGUCAUGAGGAAGAGCAGCGUGUACUGAGGCAGCAGCCGGUUGCCUUCAUGGAGACUCCGGGUUCUAAAGGGAAAGACCACAAAGAAGCAGAACCAACCUGGAACCGGCUUCUCUCUCCAACCUCUGGUGGUGAGAAGCUGAAGCAGGAAGUGAGCAGCGAUGAAGGCUCAGACCUCCCAGAGCGUAACCAGGAAGGGAACUCCAGUUUGGCUCUGAGGACACCAGAACCUCCACAGAUCAAAAAGGAGGAACCGGAACCUCUGCAGAUUGAAAAGGAAGAUGGAGUCUGCAUCUUGUACGGUUUUACCCCAGCAUACUUGAUUCUUCACAUGAGCUCUAACAAACCCGAGAAGCCUUUCUCAUGUCAGAUCUGUGAAAAACGUUUUCUCUACAAAAGUAAAUUGAAAUACCACAUGAGAACUCACACCGGUGAAGAUCUGUUCUCUUGUCAGACUUGCGGAAAAACUUUUAUCUGGCAAAGUAAACUGAAAGAACACAUGAGGAGUCACUCCAGUGAGAAGCCUUUCUCAUGUCAGACAUGUGGAAAAGCUUUUACUGAACAUAGCAAAUUAAAACAGCACAUGAGAACCCAUACAGGUGAGAGUCUUUUCUCAUGUCAGACCUGUGGAAAAACUUUUAUCUGGCCAAGUCAGUUGGCAGGCCAUGUGAGAACCCACACAGGUGAAAAACCUUUCUCAUGUGAGGUCUGCGGAAGAGCUUUUACCAUGCAAAGUAAAUGGAGAAUCCACAUGAAAACUCAUACAGGUGAACUUUUCUCCUGUCAGACCUGUGGGAAAGCUUUUACCUUACAAAGUACUUUGAAAGAGCACAUGAAAACGCACAUGGAUGAGAAGCCUUUUUCCUGUCAGAUCUGUGGGAAAGCUUUUAUCAGGCAAUGUGCUUUGAGAGACCACUUGAGGUCUCACACCGGUGAGAAGCCCUUUUUGUGUCAGACCUGUGGAAAAGCUUUUAACCGCCAAAGUAGCUUGAGUCUUCACAUGAGCCUGCACACAGGUGAGAAGCCUUUCUCAUGUCAGACAUGUGGGAAAAAGUUCAGCUUGAAAAGUCAAUUGAUUGUUCACAUGAGAAUUCACACGGGUGAGAAGCCUUUCUCAUGUCAGACAUGUGGAAAAAAAUUUAGUGUAAAAGCUCGUCUGACAGUUCACACGAGAAUUCACACAGGUGAGAAACCAUUCUCAUGUCAGAUGUGUGGAAAAUCUUUUACCCACCAAAAUUCUUUGAGUUUUCACAUGAGCUCUCACACAGGUGAAAAGCCAUUCUCAUGUCAGACGUGUGGAAAGGCUUUUAACAUGCAAAGUGGUUUGACUCGUCACAUGAGAAUUCACACAGGUGAAAAAAAUAUAUCGUGUGAGACCUGCGGAAAAGCCUUCAACCAGCAAAGUCACCUGACUUAUCACAUGAGAUCUCACACAGGUGAGAAGCCUUUUUCAUGUCAAACCUGUGGCAAAACAUUCAGUAGAAAAGAUCAAUUGAAUGUUCACAUGAGAACUCACACUGACAAACUGUAAAUGUCCCUCUUGCUCCUUUCCCUGACGUUGGCAUGUAUGAGAAUUUAAGGAAAAUGCGCAUCAUAAGUGACCACAUCAUGUAGUUUUAAAGAAAACCUAUCUUUGCUAGGGUAAAAGGUGUUGCCAAAGUCUUUUAGUGAGGAAAAACAGGAAGCCAUGAUUUCUUGCAGUUUAUAGUUGUUGUGAAGCUCUCAUGUCCGGUGGAGUGAGUCCUUCAUCUCAUGCUCUGAUGCAGCAUGUUGGUAUGGGGCCAACAUAAAUAAAUA